AUGAUUAUCCUGGGCUCGCACGACUGCGCCCAUGACCUGCUGGUCAGGAAGGGCUCCAUUUAUAGCUCUCGCCCAGAGUACUUUGCCGACGGCGUUGGGAGCCGCGGUUUCCACGUUGUUGCUCUGCCGUACGGACAGCAGUGGCGGAGCCAGCGGACUGUCCUGGACUCGUUCCUCAGCGCCGGGCCCUGCAGUCGCUACCGUUUGCUGCAAGAUGUGGAGAGUAAGCAGCUGGUGCACGAUCUGCUUUCGAGCAAUGACUUUGCGACGUGUUUCCACCGGUUCGCGGCUAGUCUGACACAUGCGUUGGCGUAUGGGAGGCGGAUGAGCCGCGGUGAUGAAGAGGAGAUUGUCGAGAUCGAUGGAAUCAUGAGAGAGAUCUUGGAGCAUGUCACAUUGCCCGCGGUGGCGUUUCCAAUUCUAGACUACCUCCCGUCAAUACUUGCUCUGUGGAAGAGGAAGGCUAGCGACCUGUUUGCGAAACAGGACAAGGUCUUUACGGCAAGUCUCAAGGCGGCCCUGCAAAGAGAGUGCUGGAGCUGGAGCCGUGAGGCUACCCACACAAAGUUGGCUGCUGAGGAUCAAGACUCAAAGGCUAUGGCUUACACUGUGGGAGUGAAUUACGAAGCUGGAAGCGAUACGACUGCAUUUGUGCUUGAGGUAUUCGUUCUGGCAGCCCUUCUUCAUCCAGAGGCGGUCUCAAAGGCACAAGAGGAAUUGGACACUGUUACGGGGGCGGACAUGCCAGGAUGGGACGACCUCGCUCGUCUACCAUAUCUCCAGGCUUUCGUCAAGGAAGUCCUACGCUGGAGGCCCGUCGUUCCAGGUGGGAUCCACCAUCUGACCACCAAGCAAGACCACUACAUGGGGUACGAGAUUCCAGCCGACACACCAAUCAUACCCAAUCACUGGUCAUUGGAAUUCGAUAGCAGAUUGUUUCCCAAUCCCAAGUCUUUCAUACCGGAGCGGUGGCUCGAGAACCGGGAUUUACCAUGCAGUGCGUUUGGUUUCGGGCGCAGAGUAUGUCCUGGGAAGAACCUGGCGCUGAAUUCCUUGAGAAUCGUCAUAGCUCGUAUCCUGUGGGCGUUUGGUAUUCGGUCCGCUGAUGAGAUGGGGGAAAAGUCGGAGCUUCCAGAUUCGUGGGAUAUGACCCAGGGCAUAAGCUCUCGGCCAGCUCUUUUCCGGGCCUUAUUCUGUUGUCGGAGCGAGCAGCGACGGCAGGUUAUUGAGGGUGUAUGGGCGGCCUGUGAAAAGGAUAUUCAAGUUCUUAUGGAGCAGGUUAAGAGUAAUCCAAGUUAG